UCUGGACCGAAGAUCCCUCUUGGCACUUGGCCGUUGAUUGAUUUGAACGCGCCCGUUGAAACGAAUUGGGUGCCAGUUGAGUCAGCGAUGGGUGGAAGCCAGUCACAGGAGGGCCAACUCGGCGCGCCCCCGGCGCCUGCCUCGCCCGCGCCUGCCUCGCCCACGAAGCUCCCCGCGGCGGUGGUCACGGAGCCUGCGACUCCGGGGAGUCCGGUGCAGCUGAACCUGGCGGCGGCCGAGUUCGUUGCAGCUCCAGGUGAAGCCAAAGAGAAGCCUUCAGGAGCUCAGAUCUGCGUGCGCAAUCUGGGGAAAGAUGUGAAAGAAGAGGAUGUGCGAAAGCUGUUCGAAGGUGUUGGAACCAUCACAGCAGUGUCCUUGAAGACCUUAAAGAACGGCACCUGCAAGGGCUAUGGCUUUGUGACCUUCUCGGCCGUGGAAGAGGCCACGGCGGACGGGCCAUGCAUGAAAAGCCCCAAGAGGGUGGGAAGCCGUUGCUGGUGACCAUGGCAGAUCGACAACCUGGAGAAGGUAAAGGAAAAGGGAAGGAUGGAGGAAAGGAUGGAGGCGAAAAGGGAAAGGGCAAAGGCAAAAAGGGCAAAGGAAAGACAGCCGCUGGGUACCAGUAUCCCUAUGGCUACUAUCCCUCCUACUCCCCGGAACAGCUGCAGGCCAUACAGAUGCAGUACUACCAGUACUACCAACAGGCCUUGCAGGCACAGGCCUACUACAGUGGCUUCACUGGGGGCGUCAUUCCCAGUGAGGCAGCUAUCUCGGCCGCCGCGAAGAAGGAGGGUGCAGCUCCGCCGGCACCGUCAGCACCAGUCUCUGACAAGGAGUACAUAGGUCAAGUGAAGUCCAUAAGCGCGAAGAAUGGCUACGGCUUUAUCACUUGCAGCGAAACGAAGGUCGCCUACGGCCGGGAUGUCUUCGUGGACGCCUCGCUGCUGCCGGACAUCGAAGUGAAAUCCAAGGUGAGCUUUAAGGUGGAGCUCAGUGAGAAGGGCCACCCUCGCGCGGCCCAGGUGAGCAAAAUUGAGGACUGAGGAGCACAGCCUUUUGCACUUCUUGGACCCAACCCGCCCAAGCGGGGUCGAUGUGACGUGUGAGGAGCCAGGGCGGAGCCGGGAGCCGAAAGGUCCUCACCCAGAGGUGCGGAAGGUCCUUCAGUGCCCGAGCAGUGCCCCCGCAGUGCGGCUGAGGUUUCUGUGGGCCAAUUUGAGGGCACCUCCUUCGUGCACAAACGCGCUAGUGUGACCUCAUGCAAGAGAAAUGUGAGCGGAGCAAGUAUUUCAUGACUUGGU